GAGGGCACCGGUUCAGUAAGAUCGCACGAUCGCAUGGAUUUUCGGGUCAUUGUUUGAGCGUGUGUUCGUGCGUCAGCAGCAGAGUGGAGAAAAGGAUUCACCAAACAACCCCCCCGGUCGCUUGUUGUUGUUGUUUGUGUUGAUCGCGGUACCGGGGAUCGAGUUGCUCACCUUUUAGACGGUCGCUCAGUUCGGACAUUGAUCGCGCACCGUUCGGUUGUGGUGCGUGGUGAACCGCAACAGAUGACGAUGAUGAUGAAGUGAGGUGUGGUUGAGAUUGAGAUCGAGAAAGGCGAAUCUGUGAUACUGGCGCUGAUGAAUGAUCAGUUGUGGUAGUGGACGAUAAGUAAGUUGCAUCGUCAAGUGUGAACAAUGAAUUCCGCAAGGACACUCCGAUUGCUGGCCGUGUGUAGUGUUGGUGCGCUAGUGUUGUUGACCACGGCGAUCCUCGAACCGGCGGAAGCUAAUUUUAUCACCUACGUCGAUGAUUCGGGUGAAACCCUUCCGGAUGAUUAUGUGCUUGAUGAUGAGCGUCGAGCGUCGAAGAAGGUACGGCCACAGGACUACAACGAAGCGCUCGAUCGAUUGAUCGCCAAUGCGCUCAAUACUUCCGACGCCACCGCCAGCAACAGUACGGUGGCUCCCGAUAAGGCGUACUCCAGUCCACCACCAAGUAUCGCCUGUAUUGGCACCCGUAAGCCCCAGCAUAUCCCGUCGGCGGGCCGGUUGACGGUGCGUAAAUGUUGCCCCAGGGGACAAUCAUUCCAUCGGCUCAGCAUAACCACCUGCCAUCCGAUGGAUCCGUUCGAGACCGGUACUCGGUUUACGCUGUUGGGCCGCCAGCUCGACUACUACGGACCGGGAUGCCACGAGUAUGGCAAGUACCUGCGCUACAACGUCACGAUCGACAAGAAGUGUGUUGGUCAGAGGUUGAUAUUCAAUGAUCGCGGUACACAGAUGAUGCUCAUCCAGAAUGGUUCGCUGGUGGUGACGCGCCGCGAUCGGAUCGAGUUCUACGAUGACUUCUGUGUGGAGGAAACCGGUAACAUGGUCCUAGCGGCGCACAUCUGUGAGGCUGCGGUCGAGCAGGAGCUGUUCUCCGGUUGGCUCGGUACGGUGACGAUCGUCCUGGCACUGAUCGCCUCAGCCGUGACGGUCCUGGCGUAUCUGUUCGAUCGUGUGCUACCUCACCGGUACGGACCGUUGAUUGGAAGCCAUGCCGGAUUCCUGGCGGUGGCCAUCAUUGUCGAGCUGCUGCUAGUCACAUUCCAAGAAGAUGAUUAUCGCCCGAUAGUGGAGGUACUGAUUGAGAUCUCGUACGCACUGUUCCUGCUGUUCUGUUCGAUCCUGUUCUUCUCCUCGGCCACCGGAACAACCAGCAUCAACUACCGGUUGCUGGUGGUGGUGGUGUUCUUCAUCUCCUCCUGCUCCCUCAUUGCCAUGGCUCUGACGUUCUACUUUGAAAGUGUCCUCUUCCUCACCGUGCUCGCUAGUCUCUCGGUGGCACUGGCUAUCAGCGGUGCAAACGUUUACACAUCCUUUGGCCGUAACCAUCUUGGGUUCAACAGCAGCGAGAACCCUUUCGAGAUGAUCAAUGAGGGAAGUACGGCCAAACGGAUGGAUCAGCGAAGGGAACUGACACUCGUGUCAACGUUUGCGUGCGCCACACAGAUCAUCGUCUGGAUACCGUACUCGAUGGGCAAGUACUCGCUGCUGUCCGUGCUCGCCUGGAACGCGCUGAUCGUGUGCGUUGUGUUCGUUGGGUUGCGACGUCGCUCGAUCGGACUCUGCAACAUUGGCAAGCGCCUAAAAUCGAUGCAAUCCAACCAACCACGUGCACCGUUGGGUGUCGGAAGUCCGUACUCCGAGCAAGCGAUGACCGUCGAUACGCAAACGGUCCUGCCAUCACAGUUCCCCGAUGAUGAGGAUGCCGAGGGUGAAAAUGAAAUGCGCGUCGUGUGAGCCUCGCCCGUCGUCGUCUGCUAACCGUUCUUCAUCUCAUCUCAUAUCUCAUAUCCUUAAUCCUCUUCCUUUCGGCCUCCCUGUAGAUAGUGAAGCGCGUUGCGGUUUAGCGGUUUCGAUAGCAAAAUUCCUAAUUUAAGGUCACCCGGUUUGCUCGGUGGCCAUGCCGGCUUGUCAAAGUGAGUCAACCAUUAUUAUGCAGCUGCAUAGAGUGACGAUACGAAUAAAGCGAACUACUUUUA